UUAUUUCUUAACGUGUAUAAUUGUUUGAAAUGAUAUUAAAUAAUAUUAAGAUAAUUCUUUGAGAUUAUAAUUUGUCAUUUUUCUUUUUUUAUUUAUAUUUCCUUAGGGAUAUUUAUAUUAACACAGAUUAUUAAGAUUUAAUCAAACAAUUUUCAAUGAGUGUUACUGAACAAUCAUCAAUUAAUCAAACAUUAAAUACUUUUUCAUUUAAUACAUGUGAUAUAAAAUAUGCAGAAUUUGUAUAUAAAGUGUUAAAAGAAGCAGCUGAAAGUUUUGAAAAAGAACAAAAAUUUUUAGAUAAUGUUUUAUUAAAUUUAUACAAUAUUUUUGGUAAUGUAUUUGAAAGAGCACUAGAAUUAUAUGAACAAGAACGUAUAACUCAUAUCUUUCCUUCUGAAAAUCCUAAUGUUGCGCCUCAUAGUGAUAGAAAUAAUUCCAGAUAUUUAGUACAGAUUAAGGGAUUGUCAGGAACAAUAUAUAUACUCUUUCCUGACAUAAACUAUUGUAUUUGUGGUUCUUUUAGGUGUCAAGUAUUAAAUAAUAGAUCUUUGUUUACUUGCAAACAUGUUUUAGCAGCUUGGUUAGCUGCAGUUACAAAAAGAAAAUUAUCUCAUCAAUAUAUAACAGAAAAACAAUUUCAAAAUUUGUUAUUAUAUCAAGUUUCAAAUAAACAAUAUGUAUCCUGAAGUAGAAACUAAUUCAUUAGUUGCAAAGUUAGGAAAUCUUAAAACCAUAGUACAAUUAUUAAAAGCAAUUAAUUUUAAAGAGAAUGCUACAUGUUUUGGUACUGAAAAUGGUUUGAAAAUAACUGUAGAAGAUGCAAAAUGUAUGCAAGCUAGUGCUUAUAUUCCAACUCAUGUAUUUCAAAUAUUCAAUUUGAAAGAAGAUGUAAUUUUUAAAGUUAAUUUAAAUAUAUUAGUGGAAUGCCUUUGUAUGUUUUGGAGUAAUAUAAAUUGCCAAGGAAGUUCUGUAGCUUUGCAACUUUUUUAUAAAGCUAAUGGACAUCCUGUAACAGUUCUUAUUGAAGAAGAUGGUAUUAUAACAGAUUGUUCUUUAAAAACACAAGAACCUGAUGAAUUGUUAGAUUUUCAUCUUGAACCGGAAAAUGUUUUGAAUAAAGUAGUUCUUCAAACUGAAUUGUUAAAAGAUAUCUUAUCUGAGCUUGAUUCAAGUAGUGAUUUGAUUGAGCUAUUUUUAUCUCCUUCCCCACCUUUCUUUCGUAUUAGUACAGCUGGUUUAGCUGGAAUUUGUCAUAUUGAAUUACCACAUGAUGGUGAAUUGAUUGAUAAUUUCCAAUGUACUUCAACAGCUACAUCAAGUUAUAAACUUACACAUAUUAAGCCAGCUAUGAAGGCAUUAUCUUGUGCAAAUAAAGUUUCAUUGAGGACUGAUUCAUUUGGACUAUUGUGUUUUCAAUAUAUGGUUAAGACUGAUGAAGGACAUACAUGUUACAUAGAAUAUUAUAUUUCUCCAGUAAUAGAUCCUGAUGAAUAAUUUGGAAUGGAGAUAAGAUGAUAAAUAUUGAUUAAAAAUUAUUUCAAAAUAUUCUUUUAUUUUAUCAGAUUUGUAAUUAAAGCUUUCCAUUUAUUGUAUCACAUAAAAAAAAAAAUGCCUUUAUAUGAAAUUCAAAACUAUUCUUUAUUGUGAAUUCGCUUAAUAUACUCACAAUGAAUAUGAUGUACAUAAAAGCAUAUGAAUGAUAUUUAAAGAUGCAUAAAAAAA